AAAAGAAUAAUGAACGUAGAUGUAUUUAUAAUAUAAAGUGUAAUUGCAUUUUAGGCAUGUAUAAUAAUUUUGGUAUUAUUUAAAAUGUUGGGUCAUGAAGGGAAUGGGCAUUUGCGAGAUGGGCUGGUAUGGUAGGUCAAAGCCCAAAGAGAAAGGAUUUGAAAAGGAAAUGCCGAAGGGGUCAAUGCCAAUGGGAAGCUAAACCCUGAAGGUGAAAUUGUGAGUGAGGCAGCGUGGGACGGUACACAAACACAAGGGUUGUCGUUGUACAGAGAAAGCGAAGAUGAUCAUCCCAGUGCGUUGCUUCACUUGCGGAAAGGUGAUUGGAAACAAGUGGGAUCAUUACCUUGAUCUUCUACAGGCAGACUAUUCAGAAGGGGAUGCACUUGAUGCACUGGGUUUGGUUCGCUACUGCUGUAGGCGAAUGCUCAUGACUCAUGUUGACCUUAUUGAGAAGCUUCUUAAUUACAAUACUCUGGAUAAGUCUGAUACCAGUUAGGCUGGGGACAAGUUUUCUGCUUGUUCAUGUGCAGGAGUCAGCUUUGACGUUUACUUGAGAUAAAAGAAAAACUAUGGAAAGAUUCAGUGCUUAACUCGGUGUCCCGGUUUGUUUAAUUGUUGAUUUAUACGAAAUUAGGCAUCUAAUCUUCUAAAUGUUUGCUAGUUUCUAGGAGUUACAUAUCAGAACUGUGUUCUAUUUUAAUUAAUGUUGAAGUUGGUUAGAAAGAAAGGAUGUAGUUAGUCAUGCUGGUAAGCUUUCCGUUCUCUUAACUGGCUUUGUGAAAUGCUGUCUGUACCUCUGCAUUAUUGCAAACCAAUUAAUACAACUAUCAUCAGAUGUUUAUAUUGCGUCAUUUGUUCUAAA